AGAAAGGAAAAUGUGGGAGCAGCAAAAAGAGUAACUGAGAAAGCAAAAGGAAAAUGAAAGCUUGCAGCUGAGGAAAGAAAGAAAGAAAGAAAGAAAGAAAGAAGCUAAUCUAAACAAGAUUACGGAGGUUAGUUACUCUCCAAAAUUUUCACUCUCUACUCUCUUCCUUUCUCAGAGAAUGCCGGAAAAUCUGCUUUAGGUCUCCUUGAUUCUUGCCCGAUCUCUUCCUUCUCCGAUCUGUAUUGUUACCGACGCUGUAGAUCCGGCCGUCAACAGUCCAUAUAUCAUCCAAUUGCCUUUUCAGCUUCACAUGGCUGAAUUUUGAGAUCUUAAACUCCCUCAGCUGUCUACUUCACUAUCUUCAUGCUCCUUCUUGACUUGGGAGAAUUUCAGAAAUAGUGUAUGUUUCUGAUUUGGGUAAUGGGUUGUUCAUUUGAGCCAUGUGGAUAAGUUGAAGAAACAAGAUUAGACUGUUGUUGAGUGGAUGAUAAUGCCUCCUUCUCCAGCUCUGCGGAGCUCUCCUAGUAGAGAGUCCAGAGGCAGCAAUCAUAAGCGAGGCCAGAGCUUUGAGAGUGCUGUGCGCAUAAGAGAGAAAGAUGACGAUCUUGCUUUGUUCAAUGAAAUGCAGACUCGAGAAAGAGAGGGUUUCCUGCUUCAGUCGGCAGAGGACUUAGAAGACUCAUUUUCUACAAAAUUGAGGCACUUUUCAGAUUUGAAGCUUGGUAUCUCCAUUCCUGUUCGUGGAGAGAAUAGUGAUUUGCUUAAUAAUGUAGAAACGGAGAAAAAUGACUACGACUGGUUGUUAACACCUCCCGACACCCCUCUUUUCCCUUCAUUGGACGAUGAGCCACCUUCAGUUGCUAUUGCAAGCAGGGGCAGACCUCGCAGUCAACCCAUUUCCAUGUCGAGAUCAUCCACGAUGGAAAAAAGUCACAGAAGCAGUACGAGUAGGGGUAGUCCGAGUCCUAAUCGUUUAAGCCCAUCUCCUAGGUCAGCAAACAGCGUGCCUCAAUUACGGGGAAGGCAACUGUCGGCCCCACAUUCCAGCCCAACUCCACGCCAUGCUACACCAUCCAGAAGAUCAACUACCCCAACAAGACGAUCUCCUCCUCCAAGUACGCCAUCAACAUCUGUGCCAAGGUCUUCCACCCCAACUCCCAGGAGGUUGAGCACAGGGUCCAGCGGAACUGCUGGAAUAUCCGGGGCAAGGGGAACUUCACCCAUAAAGUCAGUCAGAGGAAAUUCUGCCUCACCUAAAAUAAGAGCAUGGCAGACCAAUAUUCCUGGUUUCUCUUCUGAUCCUCCCCCUAACCUCCGAACAUCUUUGGAUGACCGGCCAGCAUCAUAUGUGAGAGGAUCCUCACCAGCUUCCCGAAACAGUAGGGACCUUGCCCACAAAUAUGGUAGGCAGUCAAUGUCUCCAACUGCUUCUAGGAGCAUCAGCUCAUCUCAUAGUCAUGAUCGAGAUCGGUAUAGCUCUUACAGCAGAGGUUCUAUAGCCUCAUCUGGUGAUGAUGAUUUAGACUCCUUGCAGUCAAUUCCUAUUAGCAGUUUAGACAAUUCAUUGUCAAAAGGAGGGAUUUCAUUUUCCAAUAACAAAGCUCCGGCCUUCUCCAAAAAACCCAGAAUAAUUUCUAGUUCUGCUCCCAAGAGAUCUCUUGAUUCCACGAUUCGGCAUUUGGAUCGAAAAAGCCCAAAUAUGUUUAGGCCACUUUUAUCAAGUGUACCAAGCACCACUUUUUACACGGGUAAGGCAAGUUCUGCACAUCGUUCUCUGAUUUCCAGGAACUCCUCGGUCACAACCAGCAGUAAUGCAAGUUCUGAUCAUGGUACAUGUAUUGCACUUGAUACUGAAGGGAUUGACCACAAUCAGGAUGACAUGGUCAAUGAAUGUGAGAAAAUACCAUAUCAUGACAGUCAUGAAGAAAUAUUUGCUUUUGAUAAGAUUGAUAUUGUUGAUGAAGAUCCCAUCCAUGAUAUUAAAUCACUUGAUAGAGGUCCUGCACUUGGCUGUGUUCCGGUUGUCACUGGAGAUAGCAGUUACGAAGCUGUUGUUCCAGAUAUAAGUUCCACCUCUGACUCUUCUCAUGUCCAGGGGGCUGAUUUUUCGGAGAUUGUUUGCCUUGAAGAUACAGUUGUAUGUUCCAGAUGUGGUUGCAGGUAUCGUGUUACUGACACAGAGGAAAAUGAUACCAAUCUUUGUUCAGAAUGCAGCAGGGAAGAAAAAUGUCUUAGUUUGGCCAUCUCCGAAAAUAUGACUGCAGUCGCUGAAAGCUUAUCAGGGUUGUCUUCAGUAAAAUAUGAAGAUCAGCCAUUCGAUAAGGUGGAGUUGGUGGUGAUUUCUCCAGAUUCUGCUUUAGCCAAUGAUGUGGGUGAAUCUAGGAUUUCUAUGUCUGUGGGCAAUGUUGAGCAAGAUCAAGAAUCUUAUCCUGAACAAGGCCCAAGUUACGUGGAAGAAAACUUCCCUGCAGAAACCCCAGUGGAGGAAAGUCAGCAUAGCCUUAUCAACCAUUUGGAAAUCGGCCAAUCAGCUGUUAGUGGGAACCAGCUCGACACUGGGUCUGGAUACCAGCAACCUCUUCAGCGUAACGACUAUCAAAGUUUGAGAUUUGAUUCACCAGAAGGUGCAGGAAUUUCUAUAUUGUUAAAGAGGUCAAGCAGCAGUAAGGGCCCUGUUGUCCAAGGAAGAACUUUUACUGCAAGUACCAUAUCUUACGAUGAUCUAUCUUUUGCAAGGGAUAGCAUGAGCAGUUUGAGAAGCUCUAUUGGACACAGCAGUUUUUCUGCAUCAUCAUCAGCUGAUUUUAGCUCAGCCAGACAGAUUGAAGCACGAAUACAACGACAGCUAAGUUUAAGUUCAAGGAAAGGGGAUUUGGAGAACAAAAAAGGUGAAAUUAGCGUGAAAUCUCAUUUCGCUGAGAUAGCUUCCACCGGAGUACCAGCCAAUGCCCAUCCUAUAUCAGGCUUUGAAACUUGUAAGCAAGAUGAAAAUGUGGAUUUUUAUGUGGCCAAUUUAGAGUGUUCUUCGUGCCAGGGAACUACUACAUCUUCUCAGAAACCCGAACUAGCUUCUGAAAAUGGGAAGUCAGAUGACACCUCUUCAAUUUCAGUAGCUGUUGUAGAGGAGGAUAAAUUUGAAUACGACACGUGUAGGAUACUGGACACUUGUACCUCAUUGUCAAGGGAGGACUCAUCAGGUGGUAGGAGUGUCUCAGAUAAGGACGCAUCUGUUACAACUUCCGACUGUUCCAAAUUGGAGGGACACAACAUGCUUGGUGAUGUGUUUGAAGAUGAACGUUCAGAGCUUUCCACUCGUCCAAUGAUAACAAUAUCAGAAACAGAAGCCACGCGAAUAUCCGAGGUGGUAGCUUCAGGUUCACAGGAUGAUAUAUCAACAAUAUCAACGGUUCUUCUGGAAGAGGAAUCUGUGGUUCCUAGCGGGCCCGAUCAGGAUCUAGCGCCUUCUAUUAUUAAUACCGAAAAAUCUGAUGGCAUCCUAGAAGAAUCGACAGUAAUCGUUGAUUAUCAGGGCAAAACAAAGGUGGUAAGAAGCUUGACACUUGAAGAGGCAACAGAUACAAUACUUUUCUGUAGCUCCAUUGUUCAGGAUCUAGCCUACUCAGCUGCUACCAUAGCAAUCGAGAAGGAAAAAGAAAAAGAAAAGGAAAAGGAAAAUGAGGUUACAUUGGAAGCCUCACGACCGAUGGUUACCAUUUUGGGGAAAUCUAACACUAACAGAAGUGAUCUGCGCCAUAGAACAGGGGGCAAACGGGUUAUGAAAUCACAAAAACCUAGACAACGCCGUGUCGAAAUGAGUACAAAGCCCCCUAUUGCUUAUACUGAAAAUGAUGAGAACACCGACGAGUCCACCAUUCGAAAUGUAGACCUUCCUAAUCAAGUGGACACCGCUAAACCUCCAAAGCUGGAAUCGAAGUGCAACUGCAGUAUAAUGUGAUUCUAACGAAUAAUGCCCUUGCUUGUCCAUCCUUCCCAUCUUCCUCAGACAGCGAAAGCUCACUACCACACAUAUUUAACCAAAACACCUCUUGUGCUCUGCGGGGGCUUGUCUGGGUAAUAGUCACAUGGUUUCAAUCAAAUCCAGUUUAAUGUAUAAGAAAUGCCACGACAUGUUGGUGACGUAAAUGUAAAGUUUUUUUUCCCUUUUGUUUUUUGAUUGCUAUUUAGGGCUGAUAUUUACUCGAGAGGUCGUAGGGAUUUCAUUUCUUCACAGAUAGUUUGCUCCAGUUGCCACAUUCUUGUUGAUUAUUCUUAUUUGAUUCAAGUGCUCAGAAGCAGUGUUAAAUAUAAAGCCUCUCAUUCAUAUUCA